CGACAUGGUAAAACACUGGAGCGCGUACAUCCAGCAUUUUAACUGUUGUCUUUUUCUGUUUGAAAGGCUUAUUUUUGCAAUGAGAAUCAGAAUUGGCUUUAUUUGCUAAGUUAUUGCAUACAAACAGGGGAUUUGAAUUUGGUUCCACUUUGCUCUCAAGAAAACAUUUUAAAUAUAAAUAAAUAACAAGGAAAAUCAAAAUAAAGACAUAAUUGAAUUAGUGCAAAUAUGCAUGGCAUCGUUGCAUACGGUGACUGGUAAAUGUUCAUCAGAUAGAGAGCCUAGGAAAGUAGUGUUUCUGUGGCGUCUGGAUUUUGCAAAUAGCGCUCUGUAGAGUUUACCUGAAAUCUGAACAGUUUUUGUGUUGCGGGCCAUAAAGGUCACAACAUAUUUAGAGAGGAUGCCGAUACAGGGUUCAAGGUUCAAAUCUUUAUUUUUAUUACGUGCUUUUUCUCGUCUUUGUUAAUUUUUGAAUUGUCGUUGUUUCAGAUGUUUUGUGUUACUUACUGUGAGUGAUGUGUGGAUUUUGCAGCGAUUUUAGAUGCCCUUUUUACUGACCUCACAGUUGUACAAUUCCAAGAUGGAGGCAAAAUCACCCUGAUGAUUCUCAGACCUAAUUGUUCAUUGUUUGGACCACUCCUGUUGUGUGGAUGAGCCAAACCACACAGUCUCUGCUGGGGCUUCCUCCACACAGUGUACAUGUGUGAGGACCAUAUCAGGUCCCGAAAUUGGGUGGUUGCUAUAGCAGCAGACCCAGAGUUGUUGAAGAUGGUGAGGGGAGGCGGUGUGGGAGGGUGUUGUCCUGUUGGUUUAGCUCCAGAUGCUUCCAAACACACCAGGGGACCCAGUAAGUGGAUGUUAAUUUAUGGCCACAACUGUAUUAUUCUAUGCCAUCUAUGUAUUAACACUUUCUUUGGUAUAUUAUUUUGCACUACUAUUAUGUGGCAUGUUAACAGUUUUCAUCUUUUACAGGAUGAGCGAAAUCAGAUUUUGACUGCAUAUCUGUGGAUAAGGCAAGUGUGGUUUGAUGCGCACCUUAGAUGGGACAAAGAUGAGUACGAUGGACUCGAUACCAUCCGUAUACCUGGUAGUUAUGUAUGGAGACCUGAUAUAGUCCUAUAUAACAAUGCAGACAACCAUUUUACCGGCCCCAUGGAUACCAAUGUGGUGAUCCGACAUGAUGGCCAGAUGAUGUGGGAUUCCCCUGCCAUCACAAAAAGCUCGUGCAAAGUGGAUGUGUCCUUUUUCCCCUUCGACGGUCAACAGUGCAGGUUCACUUAUGGCUCCUGGACCUACAACGGCAACCAGCUCGACAUCCUGAACGCCAUGGAAAGCGCCGACCUGGCUGACCUGGUGGACAAUGUGGAGUGGGAAGUGCUCGGCAUGCCGGCUGAGAAGAAUAUUGUUCAGUAUGGAUGCUGUGCAGACCCAUACCCAGAUGUGACCUACACGCUGAAGCUCCAGAGAAGAGCUUCCUUUUAUGUUUUCAACCUCCUCAUACCGUGCGUAAUGAUCUCUUUUCUGGCUCCACUGGGCUUCUACCUGCCUGCUGAUUCUGGGGAAAAGGUGUCUUUGGGGGUCACUGUGAUGCUGGCACUCACCGUCUUCCAGCUUUUGGUUGCAGAAAUUAUGCCACCUUCUGAGAAUGUGCCACUCAUUGGAAAAUAUUACAUUGCAACUAUGACAAUGAUUACAGCUUCCACUGCUCUGACCAUCUUCAUCAUGAACAUUCACCACUGUGGCCCAGAUGCCAAGCCAGUUCCAAAGUGGGCCAAAAUAGUAAUUCUGCAGUACAUGGCCAGAAUGUGCUUCGUCUAUGAAGUUGGGGAGAACUGUAUGUCAGCAGAGCCAGAAAUGCAGGAACCUCCACUUGUAGCAAACAACAACUGCACCAUGAACGGGCAGGUGGGACCAGGAAGAGAGGACUGCGUCAUGAAAAGUGGUCAAGAGACAGUCGGAGGUGUCAUCAUGGAGGAGAAAGAGGAAAUUGAUCAAUUCCUAAGUCCAGUAGGAUCAGGGGGCAGGAACCCUGUUGACCAGCACAGCACUUGGAAGAGCAAUAUUUUCCUGGACUCUGGGGAAUCAGGAGGUCGGAGGAGAUGCCGGAAGGGAGGGGUAAGUGGCGAACAGAGAAAAGAUAGAGAGAUUUCCUGCGACAUCCCUGCCAACGAUGGCCCGUUGCAGCAUAACAUUGAGUACAUCGCCAACUGCUACAGAGAUCAGAGGGCCAUGCAGAAGCGGACUGGGGAAUGGAAGAAAGUAGCUAAAGUUUUAGAUCGCUUUUUCAUGUGGAUAUUUUUCAUAAUGGUGUUUUUGAUGAGCCUCCUAAUCAUGGGAAAAGCCAUAUAAUCAGCUCUAUCUUUAUUUAAAAAAAAAAUUAAGUCCCCCUGGUAAAAUGAGAUCUUUAUGAAAAAUAUAUAACAUAUUUAUUUUCACCACUCAGAAUUGCAGACUUUGCUGGCAAAUCAAAGAAGACAUUUGUAUGUUAAAUUUUAUACCACUAGUGUUUUCCUCCUGUCUUUAAGCAAUACAAUCUGGAGAUCUUUGUAAAUUUCAUAUUUAGGGAUUUGUAAAUAUUUCAAUUUUUAAGAUUAUUUUUUUAUGUGAGAUAAGAUUGUGCUGUCUUAUAUUACUGUAUUGCCAUUCUAAUGA